AUGUCCGAGAUUCGAAUCCUGGAUAACUCCACGGUCCAUGGCAUGUUGAUCAAUCUCUCGAAAGCAGAAACAGUUGGGUUUCGGCAAGUGGUGGAGCGAACGUUUGAAGACUUCUCGGUCAACGGUGAACGUCAAUUCCAACCUAUGCCGAGCGUUGCCAAUCGUCCCAACGGGCAAAACACCCUCUUCAGACCCUUCACAUCUGACACGGGUAUUGGUACCAAAAUAACUGUCGAACCUCCUACUAGACCAGAUGGAAAGAAGGACCCUCUACACGGCGUCAUUGUUUUGGUUGACGGAAAGGGCUAUCCGAAGGGGCUCCUUAGCUCCGAAGAAGUGACCGGCUACCGCACCUCGAUGAAUGUAAUGGUUCCCUUCUCAUGGAGGAAACAUGUUGGCGACAUUAUUAUCUUCGGUAGUGGCAUGCAGGCCUUGUGGCAUACUCGACUGAUCCUCAUGCUAAGGGGCGAGGAAGUGAAGAGCAUCACCUAUGUCAGUCCGAUGAGAGACCAAGCCCAGCAGUUGAUUGCUACGGUCUCUGCAGAGAACUCCGCGCGCUGGAACGCCAAUUGCUCCUUUCAAUUUAUCGAUAACAAUUCUCCCGACUUCCAGCAGACGAUGGAGCUUCGCUUGCGCAACGUCGAUUGUAUAUUCUGCACGACACCAUCUAAGAAACCCCUUUUCCCGGCAAGCUAUGUCGCCAACAGAGGCAGUCGACAGCCAUUGAUCUCUGCGAUUGGCUCUUGGCAGGCUGACAUGAUCGAAUUGGACCCUGAACUAUUGAAUCUUGCCGUCGCUCCCAAUGCAGGGUAUAACUUCCUCACUGGCAAGGAUGAUGGUGCGAUCCUUGUCGAUGAUCGAGACUUUGCCCUCACGAAUUCCGGAGAGCUUGUCAAGAGUCGUACCAAUGCAAAGGACGUCAUUGAGCUGGGUGAGAUUCUUGCGUUGAGGAGUGGAAAGUUGUCCCCUCAGUCUACGAGAGACAUGGCCGUCGAAAAGACAGACCAUUUUAUUGCCGAGGGACUCGUCAUUUACAAAAGUGUUGGUGUAAGUCUUACUGACUUGACUGUGAGCGAUGCUAUUUUAAAAUUAGCAAAGGAACGACAGCAGAAGUUGUGAGUUGAGUGUUUACAGAAGAAUGAGGAGUUACGGAUUUUGGUUCUUAAACUGCGAGCUGGCUCGGGAUGAAAACGAAAUCGAAAUGUUGGUCUAUCCUUCAAGGUCUG